AGACCCUAUAAUUCGUCUAUAGCGAUUGGUAGCAUCUCUGAUUUGAUACUUGAGAUAUUUUCAAAAAUAGCCAAUUGAUAUUGCCUUAGUCGCAGAUCAAGCCAGUGCCAAAAACUCCACACUGCUACAUUUAGCGCAGACGCGUCUGUCAGUCGAUUUUCAGCUUUUUAGACCUGACGGCGUUUUCCAGCCCAACGUACUAUAUUGCAUCUCUUAUCUAUAAUUACAAAACAGUUUUCUGUUGAAGUGCAGCUUGAUUGCAACGUGAAGUUUUUAUAAAUGACGCUACGAGAGGCAGGAAAGUGAAAACUUAUGAACGCAAUGACUGAUUGCCGAGCUUUGAUAGCAAUCGCGGUUAUAAAAGAUUAAAUAAUUAAAUAUUGUCGUGCCCAUUAGCGCUCCAAAGUUACGAGAAUGGAGAGGCAAUGUGAAAGUGUAAACAAAUAAAAAAAAACUACGAUAGCUAAUUGGAAAGAUGAUAUUUUAUGCGUUAGUCGGAAGUUAUGUUCUCACGUCAGUAUUAUUGUUUAAAUACCCAAUGCUUGUGCACAAAAAGAAAAAAGUCAAAUUCAUUUGUCAGCAUAUUAGUCAUAGAGGCGGUGCAGGAGAAAGUUAUGAGAAUACAUUGAGUGCUUUUCAGAGAGCUGUGGCUUUGGGUACACAAAUGUUGGAAUUGGAUUGCCAUUUGACAAAAGAUGGACAAGUUGUUGUUUCUCAUGAUCACAAUCUUUUAAGGAGCACAGGACUUGAUAAAAAUAUUAGUGAGCUUGAUUUUGAUGAUUUGCCUUUAUUGAAAACUAGGCUACCAAUAGAUUUUGAUCCAGGGGCUUAUUAUGAGGGUUCAGAAAAUAAAGAAGAAAGAAAAUUUGUAUUGCUCGAAGAAGUUUUUAAAAAUUUUCCCCAAUUACCAAUAAAUAUUGAUAUAAAAAUUAAUAAUGAUGAACUUAUAUACAAAGUAUCAGAGUUAAUAAAACAAUAUAAACGAGAAGAUUAUACAGUAUGGGGUAAUUUUAGCGAUGAGAUUACUCAAAAAUGUUAUAAAAUGAAUCCAAAUGUUAAUUUGUUAUUUUCUAUGAAAAGAGUUAUACUCUUGAUUAUUUACAUGUAUACUGGUCUUUUACCAUUUGUGCCUCUUAAAGAAACACAUCUUGAAAUAUUUCUGCCAUCAAUAUAUUUCAAGAAAAUGGAUAGACCUAUUCCACCUUUUCUGCCAAUUGACAAAGUUUUCUUAAAAGCCAUGAAUAUACUUUUAAUGAGACCAUCUUUAUUCAAUCAUUUGCAAGCUCGAGGAUUGCAUGUUUACUUGUGGGUAUUGAAUAAAGAAGAUGAAUUCAGAAAGGCUUUUGAGCUUGGAGCUACUGGUAUAAUGACUGAUUAUCCUUCAAGAUUGAAGUUUUUUUUGGAAAAGAAUAAACUAAAAUGUACAAGUUAAAAACUGAAUAUAUUAAUUAAAAAGCAAAAAAAGCAUCAAAAUUAAAGUUCAGUAAGUAUUACAAUUGUUUUCGUUAAUUGACUUAAAUAUUAGAUCCAAAGAAUUUUUUAUUAUUGUAAAAAUCACUCACUUUUUUUCCAAUUGAGUAAAAAGUACCACUUCUUUAUGAAUUUUACAAAGCAUAUGAGUGUUACACAAGAGGAAAUAAAAAAAAAUUAUUUUUACUGAUUUAGUCAUCAAGCAUAGUCUUUAAGAAGUGUAACAUAAAUUACUACCUAUUUUCUUCUAAAAUAAAAUAUUAAUUUAAUGAUGGAUUCACUAUAAUUUAUUUGCGCACAUAAAUGAACUGAUAGAUAAAUACCUUUUUAUAUAAUAUUGUUAAGUCUUCAUGCAAAAUAAUGAAU